AUGACGGCAGGCCAGUCCCAUUCUGGCCUGGUGCGCAGGGCGCCCGGCUCUGGGCGCAUGCCGGGGCCCUGCCUGGGCCCCUUCCUUAAGGCCUGGUGCGCGGGGCUCCCUGCGGCCGGGGCCCCUGCGGCCGCGCCGCCGCGGCCGGCGCCGCCGCCCGCCCACGCGGCCACCGCGCGCCGCGGCCGCGGCGGCGGGCGCGUCGGGGCGGCGCGGGCGCCCGCCGAGGGGGGCGCGGCCGGCGCGCGGCGGGGCGCCUGGGAGCUCGCGGCGCUGCUGGGCGCGGCGGUGGUGGGCGGGGCUGCGCAGCUGUGCGCGGAGGGGGCGCUGGCGCUGGAGCCGCCGGCUCGGGCCGCGCCGGCCGAGGUGCUGCAGGCGCCGCCGCCCAUCCUGGAGCGGUCGUCGGAGAGGGCGCUGAAGGUGGGAAGGGCCCUGGCCGAGCGGAAGGCCAUCAUGUUCGGGACCUUCUGGUGCCCGUACUGCGACGCGGAGCGCCAGGAGCUGGGCCUGGACGUGUUCGCGGGGGGCCCCAGGCGCGAGGCCCUCGUGCGGUACGUGGAGUGCGACCCGCAGGGCGUGGGGGCGGACCCGGAGCUCUGCGGCGCCGCAGGGGUGAGGAACUACCCCACGUGGGCGUUGGCCGCCACGGAAAAGGACGCGGCCAGGCCUUUCGUUCUCUCGCCGGGCGCCAAGGGACUGUCCGGUCUGGAGAUCCUGACUGGGCUGCGGGAGGCCCCGCCCGCUGAGGCCCCCGCGGUCGCGGGCACGUCGGGGCCGCGCCAGCUGGCCGUCGCGGCGAAGCUGGGAGAGCAGGGGCUCACCUUCUACGGCACGUACUGGUGCGGCUACUGCGACAUGCAGCGCCAGCUGUUCGGCCGGGAGGCCUGGGCGAAGGUGCCCUAUGUGGAGUGCGACCCGCGGUGCAAGGGGGCCGAGGCGUCCAGGUGCUCGUCCGCUGGCGUCGAGGCCUACCCGGAGUGGGUAUCUGCCGACGGCAGGCACUUCAGCGGCCUCCAGAGCCUGGACGAGCUGGAGGCCAUCAUGGGCGGCAAGGGCGUGCCGGCAGGCAAGCCCGCCGCGGGGCCCACGGUGCUGCCCAUGCCCGGCGCCCCCGGCGCAGACCCCGCGUGCGAGGACUGCAGGGUCCCCGCCGGCGUGGCCAUGGGCCCCGCGGUGCUGCCGCGCGGCCUGGCGCCCUCGGCGCAGGCUCUCUCGGCCAGGGCCGCGGGGCCCCCCGCCGGCGCGGCGGGCGCCGCUCGCGGCCCCCCGGGCGGGCCGCGGGAGGAGGCCGCCGCGAGGGCCGCGGAGGCGCGGGCGGACGAGGAGGCCGCGCGGGCCGAGCUGGAGGCUGCGCGGGCCCUGAUUGCGCGCCUCGAGGAGAGCCGACGGCGAGAACACGCCGCUCCGUCGCGCAGCGCCGCCCCGGCGCACGUCGGCGGCGAUGCGCCGUGGGAGGAGCCCGAGGAGGACAGGCGACUGGGCUGCCUGCGCCAGGAGGUGGAGCGCUUGCAGGCGCUCGUCGACGGCCCCGAGGAGCCCUUGCCCGCCGCCGCGGGCCCUGAGCCCCUCGAGCCCAGCGCCUCGCCCAGCGCCUGCGCGGGGCACGCCCGCGCCCCGCCCGCAGCGGCGCCGGCGCAGGGGCUCGGGGCGCUGAGCCGCUGGGCGGAGGACCUGCGGCUGCUGAGCGCGAGCCUGGGCGGCGACGACGACCUGGCCGACGCGGCGGUGCGCGCGGGGGACGGCCUGGUGGCGCCCGCUGCCGCAGCUGGCGGUGCGCGCCAGGGCGUGGCCGGAGCGGCCGCGGCGGGCGGCCUGGACGACUGCCGGCCCCGCACGGCGGAUGUCGAGCGCCAGCUGAACGACAUCUUGGCGGAAUUCGACGAGAUAGACCGCAUUCACGCGGGCGUACGCAGACUGCAGCUGUCUUGA